ACACGCACACGCCGUCUCACCGAAGUCACAAGUUGACAAAUGUUCAAAGGUGCAAUUCGGACAAAGACUAGAUUCUAAUGUCGAAACUUUUCAAAGUCAAUCGCCGAUAGAGUGUGCUCCAAUAUCUGCGCGAACUCAGUUGCUAGCUCACCCGUGUACUUACCUACGUGAACAUUAGCAAGUGUUAGCUAAUAGCUGGUGUUACCUCGCCUGUUAACUGAACCCGGAGACUGUGAGGUAUGUUACAAUGAGCUAAUGUGGCUCCAAGGCCUAGCUCUUCAUACGUCUCACGCGUAAAUGCAAUAAUAAACUCCAAAUACUUGAAAUAUCAGCUCACAGAAGCUGCCAUGAACGUACAACAUAGGUAAAUAGAAGUGGCAUCGUUGAAACAACACAGUUUCAAAAUGGCUACCUUAGCAGCGGCAGCACACAUUCAUCAGCCUGCUAAGGGCUAGCGAGCUAACUUGUAAUGUUGUGUGACAAUACGGCGUACCUUAUUCGGAGCAGAGCAACCUUUAGUAGACUCGAAGGUGCAUUAAGUCUUCAAAUAACAACGAAAUGACACUCCGGUGUGAGUAGAAUGCCCUGGCAGUGCUGCUAUUGGUGUUUGUUUGGGUUUUCUGUGCGCUUACCACUGGCGCUGGCACCUUUGGGAUUCGAACAGACUCAAUAAUGCUGCGUUCAAGACGUCACGUCAUUAUGCAACUUGGGGAGGUUCGGCUGUGUAGGAUUGGAAAUGUUUGGACUUGCACUUUGUAGACAUCUCAUUUCUAAGCGUCCAACAUGGAGAUGCCAUCAACAGAUGACUCAACCAUGGUACUCCACAACAAAUGCUCAGCUAGUCUCCAAGGUCGACUCAAUGUUGAUUCCACCCAAAGUGGCUUCCAUCAACAGGCUGUUGUGCAUCAGACCUGCCACCUGGGCUGGUUCACGUCUCUGUCAUUCAGACACAAGAGACACCAAAGGUUUCAGUUUGAGGACCAUCAGACAAGCUCCUAAACCAGCCAUGUAUCUUGGUUUCGCCGGGCUCAUACCAUUUGUGGCUGCCCCUCUCGCCAUGGUGACAACGCAGUGCUUCUACCCCGAAGUGGCCUACGCCCAACUGAUGUACGGAGCUUCUAUAGUUUCCUUCCUUGGAGGUGCUCGCUGGGGGUUUGCCAUCCCGGAUGGAAGUCCUGCUCGACCGGACUGGAUGAACUUGGGCAACAGUGUGGUUCCAUCGCUUUUGGCCUGGCUGGCACUGCUCUGCGGGGACAAUGUUGUAGAGGGGGUCCUGGUUGUUCUAAUGGGAUUAGGUCUGUCUCUACACUAUGACCUGACACUGCUACCGGGCUACCCUGCAUGGUUCAACGCCAUGAGAACUGUCCUCACGCUGGUUGCCACCUUCUCACUGGUGGCAACACUGAUGCUGAAGAAGUUCUGCGCAGAGAAGAAGCUGAAAGCUUCAUCAUGAGUCACACAAUCUAAUAAAAUGUAUAAGUAGU